AUGGGCAAGAAGAGGCCCCCGGCGGGGGCGAUUGAGGAGGAGGAAACGUUUGUGAGAGGGGGAGGCUCCGGCUUGGCCCCUGUGGUGGAGCGAAAGCUAAAGGAGGAGGCGUAUGCGGAGGCAGAGGCGGAUCUCCUGUCCGGCAAGAAGGGCGGCAAGCGGCGCAAGGGAGGCCAGGCGGUGGCGGGCGGCGAGGGCGGCGACGAGGAGGAUGCCUUCUUCUCCGGCCUGGCCCUGCAGGGCAAGCUGCCCAAGUUUGUGGAGCUGCUCAAGUUCAAGAACCUGAGCCGCGGGUGCAAGCUGUGGGGCGCCGUCAUCGAGGUGUCGCCCCGCGAGCUGGUGGUCAGCCUGCCGCACGGCCUGCGGGGCCACGUGGCAUACGCCGAGGCCUCAGACUGGCUGGCGGGGCAGAGCAAGGCAGCGGCGGCCGCCGGCGCGGAGGCAGCCGGCGAGGACGGCGCCGCCGCCAUCGCCGCCGCUGCCGCCGGAAAGAAGCGCAAGGCGGGCACGGCGGCGGCGACAGAGGUGGUGCUGCCCCCUCUCACAGACCUGUUCACCAUCGGCCAGCUGGUCAGAGGCACGGUGGUGGCCCUGCGCUCCGGCAGCAGCGGCGACAGUGAGAGCGCCGGCAAGGCGGGCGCCAAGAAGGCAGCGGCCGCAGAAGGCGGCGCCGGCGGCGCCAAGAAGAAGCGGGUCGACCUGUCGCUGCGCGUCUCCAAGAUGAACGCCGGCCUGGGGCCGGAGUCGCUGCGUGAGGGCCUGGCGCUGCCUGCCUGCGUGAGCAGCGUGGAGGACCACGGAUACCUGCUGGCUCUGGGGGUCAAGGGAGUCAGCGGCUUCCUGCCCAAGAAGGCUGCGGCCGCGGCGGGCCGCGCCCUGGCCCCAGGCAUGCUGCUGGAUGUGGCUGUGCCCCCGGGGGGCGCCCCCAAGCCCGCCGGCGGCGGCGGCUCGGUGCUGGGCGUGGUGUGCGCGCCCGAGGCGGUGGCGAUGGCGGUAGCGCGCGAGUGGGAGGGGCUCAACAUAGGCUCCCUGCUGCCCGGCCAGCUGGUGGCGGCGCGCGUGCGCAACGUGCUGUCAGACGGCCUCCUCUGCUCCUUCCUCACAUACUUCAGCGGCACCGUGGAUCCUUUCCACCUGGGCGCUGACCUGGCGGCCGACUGGCGCAAGCAGUUCAGCCCCAACCAGCGCCUGCGGGCCCGCAUCCUGUAUGUGGACCCCGCCUCCAAGCGCGUGGCCCUCACACUGCACCGCCACCUCAUCUCCGCCUCGCUGCCAGUCAACUUUCCCAUGCUGGGCCAGGUGGACGUGCGCCCGGGCAUGCCCGUGUCUGGCACCGUGAGCCGGGUGGAGGAGUAUGGGCUGCUGGUGGCCCUCACUUCCAGCAUCAGGGCGCUGGUGCCUGUGCUGCACGCCUCCGACGUGGGCACCGCCAAGGCGCUGCGCAAGUUCAAGGCGGGGCAGACGGUGGCGGGCAAGGUGCUGACUGUGGACCCAGCCACCAAGAAGGUCACAAUGACCCUCAAGCCCUCGCUGGUGGGCUCCAAGCUGCCCCCCAUCGCCCGCACCCAGGACGCGGUACCGGGCGGGCGCAGCCACGGCGUGGUGACCGGCGCCCGCGACUUUGGCGUGUUUGUCAGCUUCUUUGGGGGGGUCACAGGCCUGGCGCAUGUCAGCGAGUGCGGGCUGGCGGCUGACCAGAAGCCGCCGGAGGCGUUCCAGGCGGGGCAGGUGGUGAAGUGCCGGGUGCUGGGUGCAGACCCGUCCCGCAAGGGCCUCAAGCUCUCCCUUGUCACCAAGCCGAAAAAGGCGGCUGCAGCUGCGGCCGAGACAGAAGCAGCGCCACUGGCGGCAGCAGCGGCGCCUGGCGCAGCCGGCGAGCCUGCGCCAGGCGGUUCGGAGGCAGGCGGCAGCAGUGAGGCGGCAGCGGCAGCCGCACUGGCCAGCUACCAGGCGGGGGAGUUGGUGGAAGGGACCGUCGCUGCGGUGCACACCAAAGAGGUUGACGGCGAGGCUGUGCCCGCCUACUUUGAGCUCUCAGUGUCCUCGGCUGGCGGCGGCAGCGACAAGGCGGCAGCUGCGGGCCGCCUGGAGGUGGCGCACCUGGCCGACCACCCUGCUGCGGCGGCAGCGCUCGUGGCAGCACUUACAGUCGGCUCCCGCCUGGGGCCCCUGCUGGUGCUGCAGCGGCUCGAGAACGUGAAGCAGCUGCGGCUGACCCGCAAGGCCUCCCUGCUCACGGCAGCAGCGGCGGGGCUGCUGCCGUCUGCCGUGGAGGCGGUGGCGGAGGGCGCCCUGCUGGCGGGCUAUGUGGCCUCGGUGACCAGCGGCGCCGUGUUUGUGCGAUUCCUGGAUGGCCUGACGGGGCGUGCGGGCUUGGCGCAGCUGAGCGACACAUUCGUGUCCGACCCGCACCUGUUCUUCCGAGAGGGCCAGUCUGUGCGGGCCACCGUGGUGGAUGCGCAGCGGCAGCGCUUCAGCGUCGCCCUCAAACAGUCGCUGUGCGGCAGCCGCGACGCCGCCUACCUGCAGUCCCUGUUCAGCGACCUGGAGGCGGCAGAGGCGCUGAGCAACGACGCUGCCGACGUGGACUGGGCCGCCUUUGCCAUCGGCGGCAUCGCCCCAGGCGAGGUGCACGAGGCCAAGGGGUACGGCCUGAUCUGCGACCUGGAGGCGCACGCCGACGUGGUGGGGCUGGUGGCGCCGCACCAGAUGCCGGCGGGAGCGUCGCGGGAGCCCGGCACCAGCGUGCGGGCGGUUGUGCUGGAUGCCAACAAGCGGGAGGGGGUGGUGGACCUGUCCCUGCAGCCGCGCCUGGUGGCGGCGGCGCAGGCCGCGGCGGCCGCCGCGGACGCCGAAACCGCGCCAAAGAAGAAGAAGCAGAAGAAGGCGGCGGUGGGCGGCAAGGCGGCGGCGGCGGCGGAGCUCAAGGAGGGGCAGCGGCUGGAGUGCAAAGUGGAGCUGGUGAAGGAGGAGGCCGGGUAUUGUGUGGUGACGCUGCCCGCGGCAGACGGCUCCCCGACAGGCUCCCCUUUGCUGGGCUUCCUGCCCACAACCGACUUCAACCUGCAGUACCAGCAGCACCAGCAACCACCCCGCCCAGGGGACAGCCUGACUGCCAGCGUGGCGGCGCUCCCCAGCCCCGCCACCGGCGGCCGCUUGCUGCUGGCCGCGCCGGUGGGCGGCAAGCCCGUCAAGCCCGCGGCAGCGGCGGGCGGCACCGGCGCAGCCAAGCGGCCACAGAGCGACAAGCAGCAGGCUCAGCGGAUGCAGCAGCACGCCACCGGCAGCUGCGUGGAAGCUACCGUGGGCGCUGUGCAUGCUCUGCAUGCCGACCUGGACCUAGACAAGCUGGCAGUCGCGGUGCUGGGGCGGGUGACCACGGCAGAGGGGCGGCGGCACUCGGUGCUGGAGUGCAGCAGCCGGCCCGAGGCGGUGUCGGCUGCGCGUGCGGGGCAGGCGCUGCCGCGGCACCCCUGCCCCGCCCUGGCGGCGCUCAGGCCGGGCCAGCAGCUGCAAGGCUAUGUGCAAGACGUGCAGCAGGGCCACGUGUGGUGCGCCUUCUCCCCCUCCGUCCGCGGCCGCGCCUUUGCCACGCAGGCGGCCAGCAGCAUCGAGGAGUGCGAGCGGCUGGGCAAGCGCUUCAAGCCCGGGCAGCCGGUGCAGGCCACCGUGGUGCAUGUGGACAAGAAGCGCAAAGCUCUGGACGUCUCCCUGCUCCCGGCAGCUCCCGAAGCGGCAUCUGAAGCAGCGGCGGCGGGCGCGCCGGCUCCCGGCACCGUGGCCCUCGGCCGCGUGAGCGCGGUGGGGGGCGGCGGCGUGCGCGUGCGGCUCAGCGCGCGCAGCGUGGGCCGCGUGGCGCUGACAGACAUCCACGACGGGGCUGUGGAGGAGUGCCUGGCAGGGCUGCAGGCGGGGCAGUACUGCCAGGCUGUAGUGCUGGGCCCCGACACCUCUGCCAGCCCCGACAGCGGCCAGGAAGCCAGCGGGCGCAAGAGGGGCGGCAGGAGCAGCGGCGCCGCCGCCGGCCAGCUGCUGCUGUCGCUGCGGCCGUCGGCGGGCGGGCGGUGCGCCGCGCACGGCGCCGCCCAGCGGCGGCAGGGCGGCGCAGGGGCCGAGGUGGCGGCGGGGCAGCUGCAGCCGGCGCAGCUCAAGCCCGGGCAAAAGGUGCGGGCCUGCAUCUUCCACCGCUAA